AUGGAGGAUUCAUUGGUGCCCGAAACUCGGGUUCUUGCUGUAGCUAGCCAUGUGGUCUAUGGCCAUGUCGGAAACACAAUGGCAACAUUCGUCAUGCAAUCACUCGGCUGCGAAGUGGCCGCCUUGAACACUGUUCAUUUCAGCAACCACACCGGCUAUCGCCAAUUCAAGGGGACUCGUGCCACCGCCCAGGAAAUUUCAGACCUCUACCAGGGGUUGUGUCAGAGUAACCUCACAGACUUCGACGUCAUGUUAUCGGGCUAUGCCCCGAGUGCUGCAGCAGUCGAAUCAGUAGGCACCAUUGGCAUUGAUCUGCAGCAAAAGGCUGAAAAGAGGCCCGGCUCUUUCUUUUGGGUGUUGGACCCGGUUAUGGGCGAUCAAGGACGGUUAUAUGUCAACGACGAUGUAGUCCCGGCAUAUAAGAAGAUUGCUCCUUUUGCCGAUCUGAUCCUUCCGAACCAGUUCGAAGCCGAGGUUCUCUCCGGCAUCAAAAUCACCUCUCUUGCCACACUGGCGGAGGCCAUUACAGCCAUUCAUCGCAUCUAUUCAGUCCCCCAUGUCAUCAUCACCUCCGUUCAGCUCUUCAAGCUCUCCCAGUCUGGCUCCACCCCACCCCCGCCAGAGAAUUUCUUGACAGUAAUCGGCUCAACGACAAGAUCAGACGGCUCCCCGCGUCUCUUCCGUGUCGAUAUCCCCGCUCUUGACUGCUUCUUCAGCGGAACUGGUGACAUGUUCGCCGCAUUGACAGUCGCCCGACUCAGCGAAGCCGUCUCCGCUGCGGGCGAUAACCUCCGCGCCACCAAGUCGUGGGUGUCACCAGACAUCGUUGCAGCAACCGACCUCCCACUGGCGCAAGCAACCAUCAAAGUUCUCUCAAGCAUGCACAGCGUGCUGGAGCGAACCAUGGAAUCGCGCAAUGCCGAACUGGCUGUAGCUGUCCCCGCGCAUAACGGCGACCUGACUACCGAGGAGCAAGCGAAACGGGAUUAUCUUCGCCAAACCAAAGCCGCUGAAGUCCGGCUGGUCCGGAACACGCGAGUCCUACGUGAUCCCAAGAUCCAAUUCAAGGUGCAGGAUUGGCGAAAGGAGGACCUUCCAGCGCAUUUGCAAUAGGUGGUUUUCCUUUGAUCUCAUGAUGCAUACAUAACUUGCAUGCAACACGAUUGGACGAUGGAACUAGAGGCAUGGAAGUUCUGGUAAAGGCGGCAUAGAUGGUAUUACGGGUGGGUGGACUCAUUCUUCCAAAACCUUUCGGUCUGUACAUAGAUUCAGUUCUUAGAUCAAGC